AUGGCAUCAGAAAAAUCAAGCGAGUCAUACAGACCCAAAGUUUUCUACCCAGAUCCAGACGAGGCUAUGAAGCGGUACGUCUACGAUGCCAGCCGAUGCAGCGUUUUCCAAGACGAGAGUGACGACGAUAAUGAGAGAGCAACGGCAUACUACAGUACAGACGCAGCCAGACAUCAUGAGUCGUCCGUCCGUCAGCCCACGGAUUCCCUCGGGCUCGGCAGCGAUAACUACGCUGAGGAAGAGGAAGACCUGGGGCUGGAAGCAGCUUUAAAAUCCCACCUUGGAACGGAGGCGGAGGCAGAGUCCGAGACGAAGCCGGGUCCAACAUUCGACAAUUUCAAUGUGGCAAGCAUAGCGAAGAAAAUGGAAAGCAUUGGUCUCGAGGUGAAAAAAGAGUCAAAGAUUUGA